UCCGCCCUGUGAAGCGAGUUUUUUUUCCUAUUGGCAGCCGCACCGGAUAGGACGGAGGACGUAGACACGUGACCUCGCUGGCUGCGUCCUAUUGGCGGAGCGGAGGUGGCGGCUGAGUUUGAAUCUGUGCGGUGUAUUUCCGGGCUGAGUGAAGCGGGCGGCUAAGGGACUCCUCCUAUUAUCACCAUGGCACCAGCAAAGAAAAGAGGAAACCGUGGACAGAAAAACCGUACUGUAAAAAAUGAGAAGUUGGCAUCCUUUAUUAAGGAUUUUGACAGUCAAGUCAAGGCAAUUGUAGAGGAAUUAAAAUCUACGGUUAAUAGCAAUGCGAAGGAAGUGGAUACCCUGUACAAUAUUGAACUCGUCAAGCUACCUGCAGCUAUCAAAGAGAUGCGCUGGCUUGAUUAUUUUGCAAAAGGUGGGCGGAUGAAAGCUUUUCACGCAGCCACAACGGUGAAUGUAGACAUCGAGCAAAUAACAUCAAGUGUUUCUCAUACACCAUUUAAGCCUUCCAAGAAAGCUAGAAAAGCAAAGUCUAACUCCAUUGAAGAUGGUGGGGAAAACAAUCCAGCGCAGAGUGUUCUGAGACCAAGAACAAAUGCAAAAGCUUCCACUACCAAAAAACUUGGAACUACAAGAAAAACAAGAUUGUCUGCUGCAAACACAACUGCUAAGAGAACAAGCAAGAGAGGUCAUGCAGCACAUUCUAACAGCAGAUUGGCAGACUCUUCAGUACUGGGAUACACUCCAAUGAUUACACCCCAAAUUGACACCAGGCUACGUAAAACACCAGCAUUCAGAACUCCAUCAGUGAAGGAGCCUGUCUAUACUUUUUCAGCCAAUGGGAGUCCACUUGGCGGCAUGGAUGAAUUGUUCAUUAAUUUACCUGCUGGGGAUGGAAAGAACAUUCGUCUAACAGCUGAGGAUAUGGAUAUGGCAAACCUUGGUCGCCUUGACAAGAAGGCUUGUGAAAACAUCAAACUUUUAUCAAGUCGCCUGGAAAAACUCUGCAAAACACUAAAGUGACCCUUUUUAAAGCCGCCUUUAUGGAAUUUUAUUUUGUUUUUAGGUUUGGUACAUUGUGUGUACCUUUUUGUAAAUAGCUGUAAUUGCAUUUUUUUUUUUUUUUUAUUCUAUAGAACUAAACAAUCUUCAUUUGUUAUGGAGCUGAAAAUACUUUUCUGUGUCAACUGUUUUCUUGUUUACCAACUUUUUACCAAUAAAGCCCACGUUUUCUUCUGGGCUUCUGGGUAAAACUUGACUGAA